CGGUUCAGUCUGAACAGGCUCAUCAAAAGUUGUGUGGCCAAAAAUUCUAUUGCUCUCCCAGCAAUAUUAAAUAAUAUAUUUUACAAUGAACAAUUUUGGGGCGGAAGCUGCCCAAUCGGCUUAUCCCGUCGAGGAUCCGGAAAACGAUUUUACGCGUCGCUCGGACGACGAUGAAGCGGAGCCGCUCCGUGUGAAGGAGAUGAUUAAACUCUACAACUUUGCCACUGAGAAGAACCAGGAACUGAAGCAAGCCAAGUCGUUCUAUCGUGCUACCAACAAAUCCCAAGCUCGCAUUCAGGAGGAUGUCGAGAGCUGCCACAGUGCUGCUGGCAGUUUUGCAGCGGAUGAGCAGUCCAAGGAGGAUAUCAACGAGAAGGAAUGCAACGAUGCCAUUACAACGGGCAGCUUUUAUGUGACCACCACCGAGGAGCACACCUUUUUGCGUCAGUGCCUGAUGAGCAACAAUGGCAAGGAUGUGUCAAAGCCAGUGGGUGCUCUGGAGAAGACCUACACCAGCAGCACCACCAUUCGCCGCACAGAACAGGGUGUGCGCAUUAUCAUUGACAUCUUUUGCGACUCUGAUGAUAACACCAUCGACGUGGUGGGUGGUCUCGUGGAGACUAAGAUUCCAGCCAGUCGCAUUUUGACUGAGUUCCAGAACCAUUGCAUGGGUUUGGGCCCGAAGGACACUGAGGGAGAGCAGAAGGCAUCCGACUCCUCACAUUUCUAGACAAGAGAAAAUCCAAACCAAAACAAAAUUCCAUGUUACAUACGCACAACCAAUUUUUGUGUGUUUGUGUGAGUUAUUUUCUUUCUUUCGUUUUGACAGCAGAAGCAGACAAAAAAACCACACACAAAAACGAACCAUCGAGUGACUCUACUUCCUCCAGAGUCCGUCACGAAAACUGAAAUCAAAAUGAAAAUGAAAAUGGCAAAGAAAAACGCCUUGCCAUACGAAUAUGAAAACCCAGAAACUCAAUGAGGCAACACACGACAGGCGGCAUGCAAUGGACCUCGAGCGAGUCAAAGAAAACUACACUAGACCCCAACAACUGCAGCACCAACAAAUACAUCCCCGUCCCCGCUUUUACGACUCACCUCACGACAAAAGGGCUCUCGAGAGUAAAUAAACGGCAUGAAUUGAAAAUGGAAAAUGGAAAUCUUCGCUUUGCUUACAAAACCAAAGCUAACCAAGCAACCCAGCCAAGCAACCAACCGCCAGAAAUCUGACUGAAUGAUGCCGCCAAAAGAGCCAGCGAAUGAACGAAUCUUAGAUGGGGGAAAAUGCUUUCGCAACUUGCCGCCCAAUCUCGCUUAGAUCUCCGACACUGCCGCCACUCUCGAUUGCUCUAUUUAGCCUGCUUCUGCUACAGCCCCAGCAUCAUCAUCAGCAUCAUCAGCAUCAAGUAUCAGACUCAAACGUUCCAAUAAAUUAGACAAAUAAACACCCAUCAGUGGGUGAAGGGUUUCCCUAAACGGUGGCAUUGCAAAUGCUAAUAACGUGCAAUGAAAACAGAAAACUGAAAUGAAAACUGAAUACUGCAAACUGAAUACUGAAUACUGAAUACCGAAACGGAGACGCUAAGCUGUUAACUGUAAACUGAAAUUGAGAAUGAAAAUGAAAAUGAAAAUUAAGCUGCAAUGUUAACGCUUUGCUGACUGAGACGGAGGCUUGCCCACUCGGCCCCAAGCCGAUGACGAUCUAACUUCGUUAACUGCCAGAGAAGAUGCUGCACAGUGGAACGAAAGGAAGCUUUAAAUGUUUGUUAACUUUACAAUUGUUGGUUUAUUUAAUUGCUAGAAUAGCAUCCACAAAACAUCUGCAAAACAUUAGAAAAAUUUGACUUUGACUUUCAUCGGAACAACUGGCUCUUUGGCGAUCUUCAACUGGCAAAAUUCCUCAUAAAAUCAACUUUGGUAACUUUAAAUUCUGCAUCAGCUAAUCCAACUCUAAAUGAACUAUAAAUUGUUAGCACAACUGAACCCGAUUUAGCAUUUUUGGCCACAUUCGAAAGCAUUCUGAAUAUAUUUCUUCACAAAUUAA